ACCACCUUCUCCUUCUCCUCUCAUCCUUCUUCCUCCAUCUCACAAUACGUAACGCAAGUACGCAGCCAUGUCCCUUCUACGCAGUGGUAGUGAAUCACACAUCUCUGCUCCACCCCCAUCUCCGAUCCCCACAGGAAAAGGAUUGCGCUCCGCAGCCAAUGAGAACUUGUGUGACUACCUUGCCAAGUCCUUGAAUGUUCCUGAUCUUUCCCUCCCUGAUCCUCACCUUCCGCUCAAUGACACUCAUCAGAUUCCCGCAGAAAUUUAUUACCCAUCCUUAGAAUUGAGUGAUUAUGAGACCAUUGAUAGCCUCUUGAGGUCCGCUAGGGAAUUCGGCGCUUUCAGGAUCACCUGCCAUGGGAUUUUUGGUGACGAGUUGCGAUUGUUGGUCCAUGAAGCCGAUCGGGUUUUCCGCGAUUUAGAGCAGGCAGAUAUAGGAUUUCGAGGGAAGUCCUCUGAGCGUAAAAAGAACAAGGAGCAGAUUGCGUGGGUUCGUUCCAGGAAAGGAAGAAUGAAAUGCGAGCCAGACUACUUCGUGCCCGGAAGAUAUCGGGAUUUUAGUGAAAAGAUGGAGAAUAUUGCUAGCAAACUUGAUGCGAUUGCAGAGCUGUUAGGUAAUAUUUUUGUCGAAAACAUAGCUAGAAUGCAAUUUGGAAAGAGAAUCCAAGGGAAAGAGUCUGUCCUCAGUUUAUAUAGAUAUAACCACAGUGAUGAUAUGCUACGAAAUCCGUCUUCCUCUAAUGAGAGAAACAGCAAAACUUGUGAUUAUACUUUCUGCCUUCACCUUCCUGCAACAACAUCUCAAUUUCUUCUCCGGUCAGCGCAAGGUCCUUUGUCUUUUGAUGCAGGGCCAGACACCAUUGUGGUCAUUGUAGGACACCAUAUUGAGGAAUGGAGCAUGGGGGAUUUCAUAUGUGUCUGUGAGGAAGUAAUAUGUGUGCCUCACCUCCAAGGAAGCCAAGCUCCUCUUUCUAUAGAGCUCAAGUGCUUGUCUUUAAAUUUUGAUCCUAAUUCCAACAAAAAUUGUAACACAAUAUCCAUUAGGGAUCAAAUCCUAUUUGUGCUAGUCAUUGCUUUCUUGUACAAAAUUUUUGUUUUUCUGUUGUCAUGACUUGCAAAAAUGUAAGCACAUUCAAAGCAUCAUAGUCUGAUGAUAAUGCUUUUAUUUGCUGAUAGUUAAAUAGUUGCAAUUUUUUUUUCACUGUCUUUUUUUGUUGAUUUGAAUCCAAUGGAACAUGAACUCGAGACUUUACAAGUCUUGAAAUGACUUUAAUGCCACUGAGUUGAAGCUGUUAGUUUUUACAUGAUUUGGAAUGCAUAGUUUGAAAGGUUGAUAAGAUUUUGUUUAACCACUGACUAGAUUAUUAGAUAUGGUGUUUGACAGCAGGAAGCUUCAUUUGUCAAGCUACAUUUUUACUGUGGGGGAGAGGAAGUUUCA